AGCAGGUUGAGGGUUGAGAGGUGAAAGGUCGUCUCCAACAUGGCGGCUCCCGUGGAUGACAUGUUUUCUCUGUGUGUGGACCCCGGUAAAGCAGCCGGCGGCGUGGAGGUCCGGUUUAUAGACAAUGUGAAGGGUAAAGGUCUGUUUGCUAGAAGGAGCAUCAAGAAGGGAGACACUAUUUUCAUCGAGCGGCCCCUCGUCUCUUCUCAGUUCCUGUGGAAUUCUUUGUACAAAUAUAAAGCCUGUGAGUUCUGUCUACGUGCUCUGGAGACGGCGGAGGACAAUGCGAGGAGACUCAGCGGGAUCCCCGGGCUGAGCCUUCCUCACCCUGAGCUGUGCCGGGUCCGACCAGAGCUGCACCAGGCCUGCCCCCAGUGCCAGGUGAUGUACUGUAGCAGCGAGUGUCGACAAGCUGCAGCCAGUCAGUACCAUCGAGUUCUGUGUCUGGGUUCGUCCCAGGAGGAUCCAGAUCAUCCUCUCAACAAGAUGAAGGACGCGUGGAGGAGUUUGCAUUAUCCUCCAGAGACCUCCAGCAUCAUGCUCAUGGCCAGAAUGGUUGCUCUAGUCAAACAGGAUAAGGACAAAGCCCAUUGGCAGAAGCUCUUCUCUCACUUCUGUAGCCGGACAGCGAACGAGGAGGAGGAGAUUGCCCAUAAGCUCCUGGGAGAGAAGUUCAGAGGACAGUUGGCCUCGUUACACGGCCUUUUCAGAGCCGCACUUUAUGAUGAGCAUCUCAGUCGGUGGUUUGCUCCUGAGGGUUUCCGCUCUCUGUUCGCUCUGGUGGGAACCAACGGACAAGGCAUCGGCACCAGCUCCCUGAGUCAGUGGGUUCAUGGCUGCGAUGCACUGGAGCUUCCUGCCCAGCAGAGGGAGCAGCUGGACUCCUUUAUCGACCAGCUGUACAAGGACAUUGAGAAAGAAACGGGAGACUUUCUGAACUGUGAGGGCUCCGGACUCUUUCUGCUCCAGAGCUCAUGUAACCACAGCUGCUCGCCCAACGCCGAGGCCUCCUUCCCCGACAACAAUUUCCUGCUUCACCUCCGUGCCCUCGGCGACAUCCACCCAGGAGAGGAGAUCUGCAUCAGUUACUUGGACUGCUGUCAGCGGGACCGAAGCCGCCACAGCAGACACAAAACCCUGAGGGAGAACUACCUGUUCGUCUGCUCGUGUCCAAAGUGCGUCUCCCAGAUGGACGAGCUGGACGUGACAUCAGAGGAGGAAGAGGAAGAAGAAGGCGAGGCAGAAGGUGAAGCAGAGGGGGACGAGAUGGAGGAUGAGAUGACAGAUGUCUGAUGAAAGACUUGCCCAUAUUGUUCUCAGCCGCUCCUGCCAACACGCUAAGCGGCCACGAAGCCCCGGAAGAAUAAAGACCAGUUCAAACCAUGA